CCGACCGUGACGUCAUUGUCUCGCCGGCAUUUUGGAAGUAGUUCCAUUUUUGCAACCCUUUCAACUGGUUCUUUGUGUUUUUUGCCUGUAGAAAUGUCUAUCGAAUCAAACUUCGAUGGGUCGGUGGGCCACAGAAUCAAGAGUUUUAAAAACAAAGGGCGAGACACCGAGGAGAUGAGGAGGAGAAGAAAUGAAGUGACUGUUGAGCUACGGAAAAACAAGCGCGAUGAGACAUUACUGAAGAGGCGGAAUGUCCCCAAUCUGGAAGGGGAGUCUGAUGAAGAACCUGUUAACCAAAUCUCGUAUCAUGAACUUGUGCAAAAAGCAGCCAGUAACCUCCCAGCUGUACAACUCCCAGCUGUGCAGUCUGCACGUAAACUCUUGUCUAGUGACCGCAAUCCACCGAUAGAUGACCUUAUUGCAUCAGGCAUUCUCCCUGUCUUGGUUGAGUGCCUAGACAGCCCAAGUUCUGCAUUACAAUUUGAGGCAGCAUGGGCAUUAACAAACAUCGCAUCAGGCACAUCCAAGCAAACUAUGGCAGUAGUUGAUGCGCAUGCAGUACCCAAAUUUGUGAACUUAUUAAACUCGGAUCAACCCAAUGUUUGUGAGCAAGCUGUUUGGGCUCUGGGAAAUAUCAUUGGUGAUGGACCCAAGUGCCGGGAUAUCUGUAUCAAUGAAGGUGUAGUCAGACCCUUGUUGAGCUUCAUCCGUCCCAAUAUUCCCCUGUCCUUCCUUCGCAAUGUCACCUGGGUCAUAGUCAACCUGUGUAGGAACAAAGACCCUCCACCACACGAAGAAACUAUCCGGGAACUACUGCCAGCUCUAAGUGCACUCAUUCACCACACAGAUACAAAUAUCCUGGUGGACACAGUAUGGGCGUUAUCUUAUCUGACAGAUGGAGGUAACGAACAGAUACAGAUGGUCAUUCUGUCGGGAGUGGUCCCAUUCCUUGUACCGCUACUCAGUCACAAAGAAGUCAAAGUUCAGACGGCAGCAUUAAGGGCAGUUGGUAACAUUGUAACAGGAACAGAUGAACAGACUCAGGUUGUGCUCAGCUGUAAGGCAUUGUCACACUUCCCUACGCUACUGACACAUCCAAAGGAAAAAAUCAACAAGGAAGCAGUAUGGUUCUUGUCCAAUAUUACAGCAGGCAACCAGCAACAAGUACAAGCAGUCAUUGAUGAAGGACUCCUACCAGAAAUCAUCAGGCAUUUGGACGGGUCGGAUUUCCAGACACAGAAAGAGGCAGCUUGGGCCAUUAGCAACCUCACCAUUAGUGGCACCAAGCAGCAAGUCAUGGCGUUGUAUGACAAUCAUGUCAUCCCACCGUUGUGCAAUCUACUGGUAGUCAAGGAUAGCCAGGUAGUUCAGGUGUGUCUGGAUGGCAUCUUAAACAUCUUGAAGGCAUCAGGGGAGAAGUACCAGGAGAUUGCUACCCUGAUUGAAAUGUGUGGAGGUCUGGAUAAGAUUGAACAUCUUCAAAACAGUGAGAAUGAUGACGUCUACAAACUUGCAUAUGACAUUAUCGCACAUUACUUCUCAGAUAUUGAUGACGAGGACCCAGCGUUGGCUCCACAGGUGGUCCAACAAGGCUUUGAGUUUGAUGCCAACACUAAUAUCCCCAGUGAUGGCUUCAAGUUUUAACGACAGUCAACCACCGGCAGAAUGAAUAGAACGCAUCCAGUGCUCUCCAGUUAACCACUCCUCAAGAAAUAGCAGUAGAGUUCCAUUUCAAAUGGUAAGGUAGACUCACCUCUGACCUUGAGGUCAAAGGUGAUGGCAUUGAGAGGUCACAUACUACCAGAGAUCAGAUCAUGUCUUGCAAUGAAAUGAGGUACAGUGUUGGAACAUUCAGAGGUGGAACAUUCAAAACAGGCCAGUUUCAUAGAAUUGAUAAGCCAAAUAUUUUACAUUGACAGCAAUAAGUGUUCAACCAAAUGAAAAUGGCAUUUAGUCAAGAGUAACUAACUGACACAUGAAAUUGAGAUUGACAGUCACUGACAAAAAAAACCAAAGAAAUCUCACUUUUUCCAGCAGUUUUUAAACAUUGGUCCAACAGACGGUUACCAGUGGGUGAUAGAGAGAUUGCCAAUACACUAUAGGAACCUUGGGUCAUGUAGUAGAUGUCAUGGUUUUACAUUUGCAGCACCCUCUGUUAAUUAGACAGUGCAAGGCAAGAAAAUUAAGGUUAUGUUUAUGAUUUCUGCUUUUGCAUCAUGCCUUAGAUUCUAGAAUCAAAAAUGUACAAAGACUUAUGCCAUACUUUUUGAUCUAUGCAUAAUGCAAAUUUAUAACAUCUAGUACUUGAACCUUUGUUGCUGGUAAUUUAAAAUAUAAAAAUGCUAUAGUCCAUUGCCAAUUCAACAAAGGACUCUGUCCAUAUAAAUCAAUGCCAUACAUCACAUCAUUUACCCUGACCCCGGUUCUCUCUGGAAUCUUUCAGUGUUAAUUUGUGGUUGCCAAAGCAGCUAUUCAAAAACACAUACCCAUUGCUUCGCACUGCUGGAAGGACUUACAAUAUGACUGUUUCUUUGACAAUUUAUCAGAGUCUGUGCAUCAGCACAUAUACAUGUAUGUGUUUAAUGUGUAUAUCUUCAUCUCAUGUAUCAGUAUCAACUGCCAUCCUAACUUUUGCCAUCUUGACUUUGGACAUGCAAAUUAUCAGUUAGAUUGCUGUCGGGCAAGGGAAAAUGGAAUAAUGUAAUAAACUACAAAGAUGUGGCUGCCAUGUUUAAAGCUUGGGUGUUGCUUUCAUAAACAAAGACAAAAGACAAACCAUUACCAACUCAUUCAGCCAUUUAUUCUUUUAUCUCUGGCAUUCAUCAUUUCAUAGAAAACAAAAGAACACUCUUUAACUGUGGAUAAAACAGGCUGAAUAACACUAACACCUAUCAAUGGCAGCAAGGGACAGAAAUGGGCAUACUUAUGUACUGUUUGUACAAAUGUGUACAUAACUGAAAUUGUUUCUGUUGAUACGCUCUAAAAUUGGUUCAGAAAUACAUCAGAGUGUAGCACAAGAAAACAACAAAGCAUGCAAAUGGAAUUGGACUUCAUCUGUAAAUAAAUGGGGGGGGGGGGUCGGGAGCACAAACUGUCAAGUUUGUGGAGCAGAUUUUUUAAAAAGGUCCAAUAUGUAAACUUGGAGCUAUCUAACUGGAUGGGUUUCAGUGUAAAGAGAAGGCAGAGGAAAGGUGGUCAUUGAUAUAAUUGGUCAUGAACUUUUGUGGCAGGUCAAUUAAUAAAAUCAUGCAUAUUGUGUUGAAGGAAUCAGAUGGACUGUUUUGAAAGUACCAAGAAUUCUUUCAAAACAUGCCUGUCGAGGAGGCCUAACAUUGUCGAGGCAAUCAUGAUAAUGUUCUUCCUGCCACAACAUUUCAAUUUGACUUGAAGGUAGGCUGUACAGGUAAAGAAAGAGGAAGAACUAUUUUCUUGUAAUUUUAUUGUGAAGGAAAGACUAAUUUAUUAGGUACGCGUGUACAAAAAGGCUGUACAUGUAGGUUGUCUAACUGGUAAACUUCAAUUGGAAUAAAACUUGAAAUUUCAAACAAGUGUGGAAAAACAGUGAUUACCUGAACCAAAUUCAAGGUCAUUUACUAUAGUCUUGUGUGAAAGACAAAAUUGAGAGUCAAGGUAUUUUAAUUGUUAUGUUUCAUACAGUUUUCAAGUGUGUUCCAUCCUUGUUGAAAGUUUCAAGUUUUACUCAUCAAAUAUAACUUUAAUAUGAAGAUAAAUUGGUGUGCGGCUGAAAUGGUAUCAAUUUUGUAACAAAAUUUCAGUUUGUUAAAUAAUUGUGCAGGGUGACAUGCAAGCUUAAAACCCCCAUGCUUCUAAAGCAAACAUAUAUGCUUGUUUCCGCAGCUUGAAACUUUUUCAAUUUGAAAGGUUUCAGGCAUCCUCCUGAUAGGCUUACGUGAAAUGAGUGAUAGAUUAUGGUGAGUCGGGAUACCAGUCAUAAUUUCACUAACUACUGACGAUUCCUGAAAUGCGAACCACUUAAUAAUUAUUGGUUGACAUGAUGCCUUAUGACUAGAUUAACAAAACUGUUCCAAGAUGAUUACAUUCACAAGCUGGACCUAUUUCCUUUCUGUUAGAAUUAGCAGAAAGGACUUGGGUAUAAAAUUAAUAUCUGGUUACCUUGUAUCAUACUUCUCUAUUUUCACAUUUCCUAUUUAAACCAAACUACAGUGUCUUUGCCUAUAAAGUGAAAAUAAGCUUAGCAAUGAAUCAUUUGAAGCCACUUGCUUGAUCUGGCCAUUGUGUUCAGAUAAAGGUUCUAAAAAUGAAGCCAAGCAGCGUAAAAUAGUUACACAUAUUUGGCAUUGUAAUGGGCAACACGUGUGCAAUCUGAUUGAUAGAAAUUGAAACAAACAAAUAAGAAACAAUCCUUCCUCGUGUUUAGUGUUGCUGCAAUGAAUUACUAGAAGUACAAUGAACCCAUUUGCACCUGAAAAAUCACUAAAUCCAUAGAGUGCUGGGGUGGUUUCUGGCGCUACAGGGAGUAAUAGGUAGGGCGGUUUCAGGCCCUACCGUGACUGAAGGGUUAAAGGCUUGGAACUGCAUGCUAUAUUUCCUGCCUCUGAAGCUGAAACGAAAUAUGCUACAAAUAGGAAAUCCUAAAACUUGAAACCUGAAGGAAGGGGUGAAAUCCUGAAUCCAGCUUAAUCCUUGCGCUGUAUUUGCUGGUUUUGAAUACCAAUGAUGGUCAUUAUAAUGAACUUCGGUUAAAAUUUGACAUUAAAAAAUCUGACUGUAAAUUGGCUUUAUUGGUCAGAUCCUGAUUUUAUGGUUUCAGAAAAAUUGUUGGAUGUUUUUUCCUUAUUGUCCAGUUUAUGUCAUUUUAAAUGAAAUAUACUAAGUGAUCAGUCCAAACUGCAGUGAUUAUCGAAACAAGGCAUUCUUCAGAAUUUUUGGAGUUGACCCUAUUCUCCACAAAGAAAGCAAGAAGCUAUGCAAGAUUUUCAUAUAUCAAAAAAAUUACACGAGGGAAAAGCUGACGGACUGAACAUGAAUAUUAAUAUUCGGGUAUCGAUAUAAACAGUCACUGGUUUCACUGGAAUGUACUUUGCAAAUCUUUAGAAUUGUCCUACCUCAAAAAGUUUGAUUAACUGAAUAUUUUCUUGAUAUUUAAAUGAUGCAUUCCCCACUAAAAUGAUCCCGUUGACUGAAAAUCUGAGGGAAAUCACUUAAUACAAAAUACGGAUGCCUCAAAUAGUUAUUUGAAUCAAAGUACAGAGCCAGAUUCAAGGCAGUGCUGUUGUUGUUAUAAUUAUGUUUAAUUGUCUUGCUUUCAUUUUAUUGUAUUUUUUGUUGGGUUGCCUUGAUGUAGUGAUCUGAUGCUUUUUCCCCCAGCAUAAAUUGCAUAUAUUUUGUAACUUUUUACAGAAACAAACAUAGCACAAAGCUUCAAGUGGUUUUGAAACAAUGAUUAAUAAUAUGUGAAAUAAAGAUUUUGUUGUAUUUUGUGUUUGAUAAUUUACCGAGAUCCAAGAUGGCAAUCCCUUUCUGGCUGUUGACUUCUUCAGAAGAAUAACAGCUUGUCUGCUCCUUACUACACAAUCAAGAUGAAUUUUUUUCACACAGCUCUCAGGUCUUUUGUUUUUUGUGGACAGGAGGUGGGGCACAAAAAAAAAUUCUGUCCUAUAACUUGAUAUAUUGAUGAAACACAAAAAUUCAAAAUGUUCAUUUCUCAUGUACUCUGCAUUGUUUCAGAACCAUUUGUAGAUUUUGAUUGUUAUUUUUUUUUGGGGGGGGGGGAUUUCUAUUCCUGUAAACGUUUACUAUUGACAUUGAAACAGAGCUCAUUGUUAUAUUUCACAAUUUUAAUUCUGAAUAUUGUGAAAUACGGUAGUAGUAAUAGGUACCCUGAAAUCAAUGACAUGAACAACAUUAUCAAAGAUAUUAACAUACACCAAAAUAAGCAAAGUCCCAACUCGUAACAAAGAAGACCUUCAUGUAUAGACCAACUCAUGCAGAGUCUGACACAAUACUUCUGCCAUUACUAUUGGUCUUGAGAUACCUGUGCAUUGCACUCAUCUUUGAGGUGGGGGCUUUUGUUGUAAAUGGAUAGGCAUGAGUAAUAGACGUCUUGCGCAUUCAUUGUUACUGAAUUCAAAGCUCAAAGAUGGUGCAAAGGGUCUGCAUGUAUAUUCUCAAUAGACUUUGGCCAGAACUUGUUUUGGGGAGGGGUGAUGUCGAAGUAGGAGAAUGCUACCUUGCAGGGCAUGGGUUUCUUAUCUGUUUCAUUUUGAAUACUGGUAUUUUAUCUUUAAAAAAGUUAGAUUUUAAAUUUGUUCUCUUGAAGCAGUUUCUGAAUGUUUUUAUGUUUUUAAGCCAUUAAAUUAUUUCAGAGCUUCGAAGCAGAUGAUUUCAGUAAUUUUAAUGCAAAUUUGGUAUUUUUAUUUAUUUUUUUAUUGAAGUUUUGGGCAGAUUGUUUUGGCUGUUGACUGCAGUUUAUCAGUAAAUAUGGCUGGAUUUUAUGUUUCUGCUGAUCAGUUUAAAGGUUUUGUUUUCAAAUCCUUAAUGCGAUAAUUGUACAUAACAUUGUUACUGCAGGAUUUGUGGAGCAUAUUAAUGUAACACAUUUACCCCUAUGUUGCUUUAAAAUAAACAUAAUGUACACUGAGUAGUUAGCAUUUUGUGUACACUGUAAAUAAGACAAGGGGGUCCAUGGCAUAUAUACAGAACUUGCUUCUGAAUCCACAAAAAUGUAUUUAAAAAUGGGUUGUUGCUUUUUAUCUGUUAAAAAUGAAGCCCAACCCCAGUGUUUUGAUACCUUGUAUAAAAAAAGUACUAUUGUAUAAAAGAUAUGUGGAAGAAAAGAAGACAAUUUGAUAUUAUUCAGGUUUGUGGUAUGCUGAAUAUGCAAAGCGCUGGAAGCUAAGUUCUGGAUGCCAUUGGCUAGCUUGAAACUGUGGAUUUGCAUUAUCUUGCAAAUAAUUAUGUACAUGUAUACUGGGAUGAUUACCGUGUCCAAGGGUCAUUUGAAUACAUGUAGAAAUGGUAUGUUGUCCUCAGAAAAGUAAAAGAAAAAUGAGGAAUUGUUAUUUUUUUCCCAACCAAUUUUAUGAGCAAUAUUUUUUAUUUUGUAUUAAAAUGAAUUUGGAAUGUUCUCCUCCAGUUAUUUUAUUUAUGUUUACCGAAACCAAACAAAAGCAAAACGUUGUUAUGGUUACAACUUUCUUGACCAUUGUGUCACGUAUUGAAAUGGCCCAAGUGCAUGUUUAUUCCAAUGUGACUUAAAUAUUUAAUGCAACAAUUUAAUAUUCAGAAUCCUUAGUAUAAGGGAAAGCCUUGUUUAAUAAUUGCCAUGUCAGAACUGACUGCACAGCUGUGUUGAAAUUGAUAUUUCAUAUUUUUCAGUUGGCAGAAAAAAACAAACUUCAUAAAUAAAACGUAAUAAACGUCUUGGAAUUUACUGUGGGUAAAUACAGGUUUAUACUCCUUCAUAAAGCAAGUACCAUUUUGCUCAAAUGUUAAUCUGACAGUCUUUGUAAAUAGACAUACUAAAUACUAGAAAUCCUGACAUGCACAAAUUGCGAUGAUGCCUUAGUUCCAUGUCAAUUAAUUCAGAGUGUCUACAGAUAGAUGCAGCCAAUAACAAUGUAAACCACCUAGACUUCAAUUCUAUUGGCCGAAUUCAAGGCAUUAAGAUGACCAUUUCAAAUGCUUUUAAACCAGUAGUAUUGUAAGGUUUAAUUUUUGUUUUUUACCGCGAUGAAAUCUUUUUAGGCUAAGUAAAAUUCAACAUUUGUUUGCAUUUUCCCGGUUCCUUUUAUGCAUGACGAAUAAUACCACUUGCAAUCUGUCAACAGUUCAAAAA